AUGACGCCUCGGCAACUCUUUUAUACACUUCCCGCUCUGUCGCAGAGUCGAUCAACUGAAAACCUCAGAUGGCCCCAAUCGGAUGAUGACUAUUCGGAGCACAUCAUUAUGGCUAUCAAUGUUGGCUCGAAGAACAUCAUCGGCUGUGCAUACUACAUUGCUGGGGAAGAGAGACUUCUUUGCAUGGAGGAGACUGGUGGCGGAGACCAUGACUUUGUCGAGAGAUUGAAAAUUGAUAUACAGCCUACUACUGUCAUUUUAUCCCCUCGAGCAGACAGUCUAGCUGAAACCACUACCUCAGGGUCACGGCGACUGACAUCCAUUGUUGAUAGCGCCGAUGAUCAACAACCUCUUCCUUACGAGACGGAAAUCCGGCCUCCUGCGGAGUUCAGCUAUGAAGGAGCAUUGGAUAAGAUUAUCAGCCUUGCUUCUCCCGGGCUCUGUGAUGACAGUGGUCAAUUCUACGUACCCGAUGAUCCGGCAUACCACGAGGAAGACAAUCAGCUCACCGAGAUUGGGUUCACUCAACGAAGAGGUAGACUGCUUCAGCUAUCGACUCGUCUUAAUCUAGAUAACAGAAUGAGUAUCGGCUGUGCGGGAGCUGUUCUAAGCUAUCUACAACGCAAGAGGUCUGCGGCAUAUCUACCUGAUGAUCCCAGAGGUGGGCAGAUGUUCCGUAUUGUACGAUUUGACAUGUUCAGUCUUCGGAACACUAUGCUUGUCAGUGGGGAUACACUCGCAUCUUUGCAACUUAUUGAGCCACGGGCGACAGGCUCGACAUGGACCACAGGCUCGUCGAAAGGCAAGGGAGCUGCCCUAUCCAUUCAUGCUCUCUUUCACGUUCAUGCUCGAAGCCCACAAGGGAAAUCCUUCCUACGUCAAGCCUUUCUCCGACCUUCGUUGGACGUGGAGCAUAUCAACUCAAGGCUUGAUUUCGUGUCCAUCUUGCUCCGGCCCGAAAAUCAGCAGCAACGGCGGGAUAUUAGCAUGAGCUUGGGCAAGAUCAAGAACAUGGGGAACACCAUCACUCUUCUUCGCAAGGGAAUCGAACGUGGGAAACAGCAGCAUAAUCCAUUCAAAGGCAGUGUGUGGUCAUCACUUCGGGACUUCUGUUCCCAUUCCAUGGAUAUUGCAGAGUCGCUUCGAGCUGUUAUUGGUGCUGAGCGUCUUCGGCUGUGGACUCGCGCCGUUGAGUUGCUUGACCGCUGUCGUCUACAGACUAUUCGCGAAAUGGUGGUGGAGACUGUCGACUUCGAGGGGUCUGCCGACGAGGAAAGGACAGUGAUCAACCGUGACAUCAAUCCUCGGCUCGACGAGGCAAAGGACCUUUAUGAAGGACUGGAUGAGAUCCUAUCCGAAACAGCCACGGACAUAGUCAGAUCCAUUGGUCUGGAAAUCGCACUCGGCGUCAUCUACAUUCCUCACCUGGGCUUUCACAUCAGAGUACCUUUGGAUCCAACUACGCAUGAGCCAUUAUUCGAUGGGAGUGGGCGGGACUGGCAACAGAUGUUCACGACUGACAAUUGGGUCUGUUUCAAGGACAGUAGGAUGCAAGAAUUGGACGACGACAUAGGAGACCAGUUCGCCACUAUAUGCGACUACGAAAUCGAAAUCGCUCAUAACUUGGCGCAGAACGUUUUAGAGCACGAGAAGUUCCUCACAGAGGCAUCUGACAUCUGCGGCGAGCUAGACUGCAACCUGGCAUUUGUUCAUUGUGCAUAUGAAUACAGGCUGACUCGCCCAAAGAUCACCACAGAUAAUAUCAUCGACAUUGAAGGAGGAAGACACCUGCUACAGGAGAAGAGUGUCCCGUCCUUCGUCCCCAAUGAUACAUUCAUAGUGGGCGGAGGUGGCGAGGAUGAACAGGCACCGGUCGGACCAAGCAUGCUCCUACUGACAGGGCCCAACUAUUCUGGAAAGUCGGUCUACCAGAAGCAGGUGGCAUUGGCAGUCUACAUGGCUCAUAUCGGGUCUUUUGUUCCUGCAGAAUCCGCGACUAUCGGCAUCACUGACAAGAUCCUAACCCGCCUGACCACCCGGGAGACGGUUUCAAAAGUUCAGUCUGCUUUUAUGAUUGACCUGCAGCAGAUUGCCAUGGCCCUGAACUCGUGCACGAGGAGGAGCUUGGUAGUGAUUGAUGAAUUCGGCAAAGGUACAGACACGUGCGACGGUGCUGGUCUAGCCGCCGGUGUCCUUCUGUACCUCUUGUCCCUUGACACCCAGGCCCCGAAGUCACUUGUGGCAACCCAUUUUCACGAGAUCUUUGACACAAUUUCGUUCGAGACCUGGGAGAAUGUUUUCUAUGCACAUAUGGAAGUACAGGUUGAGAAUACUGAUGUAAGAGGAACGGUGCAACACAGCAGUGUCACGUAUUUGUACAAUCUCCAACGCGGGCGAAGCGAUCUCUCAUAUGGUACACAAUGUGCAGCUAUGAAUGGUAUUCCCGAGCAGGUUGUUGAACGAGCUUUGCAGCUUUGUCGACUGGCGAGGAAAGGCGAGGACCUGGUAACACAAUGUUCUAGGUUGACGGUGAGCGAGGCAGCAGAACUUGAAACUGCCGAAGUUGCGGCCGAGCUCUUGAUGGAUCAGAACUUUGACCAGCAGAUGACAGAAAUUGGGCUUCGGGCUUUGCUGAAUGCCCUAGUAGAGCCGGCCUCAAAUGACAGCGAAGAGCUGGACAUUUAA